AACAAAUACAUAUUAAAAUAUAACUUAAUGGCAUCAUCUAUUGUCAUAAAGCUAUACAUAAAUAUUGUAUUUUGUGAUUUUAAUGUGAUUCACAGAAAUGUAAAACUCGAAAACUACAAAUAAUACUUAAGGUUCUUUAUACAGUAAUACAGUAAUACAGAAUACAGUAACACUUGCCUUCUUGAUCAGUUUUUCUGUUUCUCCUGUAGAUGCAGAAGAUCGUGACUGCAGCUGCAAUCAACAGAGAUCCAGCAAGAGCAGCGGAAAUCAACACUAUCAGAGACACGGCUUGUGAACUAAUGUGUCCAUCCAGUUCUGUAAUCACAAAGAAGUGAAUGCAUCAGUUUGAUCUGAAACAAAAGACAGAGAUCAGGAGAGAGUCACAUGACCCACAUUCACCACUGAACACACCAGUGAACAAUUCUGCUGUGAUGAAGAUGACAAUGAUGAAGAACAGUUUCUUUUUAUGACAGGAACAGGCAGAUGAGCUGAAAACAUAUGGGAUUGCAUUUCUUAUUAUGGCAGGAGUAUGUGUUGGAGUCGAGCUGGUCGUUGCAGGUGUAACAGGUGUGUUUGGUGUUGAAGAAAUUACAAUGUCUGUGAGAGAAGAAGAUGUUGUCACUCUACACACUGGUGUUAAAACAAAUCAUCGAGACCGAAUUAGAUGGUAUUAUAAAGACAUUCGCAUCGCUCAGAUCACUGGAGAUCUCAUUAAGACCUGUAAAGACAUUCAGUGUAAAGAGAGAUUCAGAGACAGACUGGAGCUGGACAAUCAGACUGGAUCUCUGACCAUCAUGAACACCAGAACCACUGACUCUGGACUUUAUAAACUGAAGAUUUUAGGCAACCCCAGCAGUGAAAAGACCUUCAAUGUUACUGUUCAUGAUUUUGAAAAGAAGACCGUAACCGCAAAGGAGAGAGAAACAGUCACUUUAUGUCCUGUUUUAGUACACAACCCAGAUGAUUUCAUGACGUGGUAUUUAAAUGACACUCUCAUCGCUGAAAUCAGUGUACUUCCUGAUAAGAUCUGUACAGAUCUUCAGUGUAAAGAUAGUACUGAGAGAUUCAGAGACAGACUGAAGCUGGAUCAUCAGACUGGAUCUCUGACCAUCACAAACACCAGAACCACAGACUCUGGAGAAUAUACACUACAGAUCAGUAGCAGCAGAUUCAGCAUCAUAAAGAGAUUCAGUGUUACUGUCACUGGUUCACAUGUAGAAACUCAGGGUCUGCUUUUAGCUGACAUAAUAGCUGUAUUUGUUGGAGCAAUCCUGCUUUCGCUGGCCGUGGCUGCUGUUGUUGGUGUGAUUUACUCUUUCUGCAGGAGCCAUAAACUUAAAAGACAGAACUUGAAAACACUGCCAGUGAUGGAGGGAGAUUCGGUUACUCUAAACAGUGAUGUUGCUGAGCUACAGAAAACAGAUCAGGUGUGCUGGCUGUUUGGAGAUGAAAACACUCUCAUUGCUCAAAUCAAAAGAGAGACUAGAAAUGAUGAUGAGAGAUUCAGAGAC